ACCGGACCCAGCGGAUCGGGAGGAGACCGAGGACGGGGACGGGGACGGGGAGGAGGAGGCCGGCGGCGACCAUGCUGUCGGUGGCGGGGCUGCUGCUCGUCCCGGUGGUGCUGCUGCUGGCGGUCCCCUUCGUCAGGAAGCUUUUUUCCAAUGGGGUGUGCAGGUCAACGGUGCGGCUGCACGGGAAGGUGGCCGUGAUCACGGGGGCCAACACCGGCAUCGGGAAGGAGACGGCCAGAGACCUGGCUCGCAGAGGAGCCCGGGUGAUCAUCGCCUGCCGGGACGUUCUGAAGGGCGAGUCGGCGGCCGGCGAGAUCCGAGCCGAGACGGGGAACCGGCAGGUGCUGGUGCGGAAGCUGGACCUGGCCGACACCAAGUCCAUCCGGGCCUUCGCCGACCGUUUCCUGGCUGAGGAGAAGCAGCUCCACAUCCUGAUCAACAACGCGGGGGUGAUGAUGUGCCCCUACUCCAAGACCGCCGACGGCUUUGAGAUGCACCUGGGAGUCAACCAUCUGGGCCACUUCCUCCUGACCCACCUGCUGCUGGGUCGCCUGAAGGAGUCGGCCCCGGCCCGGGUGGUGAACGUGUCUUCCCUGGCGCACAUAAUCGGCAAGAUCCGCUUCCACGACCUGCAGGGAGAGAAGUACUAUAACCACGGCCUGGCCUACUGCCACAGCAAGCUGGCCAACAUCCUCUUCACCCGCGAGCUGGCCCGGAGGCUUCAAGGCACCGGCGUCACCACCUACUCGGUCCACCCGGGCACCGUGCGCUCCGAGCUGAUUCGACAUUCCCUCCUCAUGAAACUGUCGUGGCGGCUCUUCUCGUUCUUCAUCCGAACACCUCGAGAGGGGGCCCAGACCAGCCUGCACUGCGCCCUGGCCGAGGGCCUGGAGUCCCUCAACGGGGAGCAUUUCAGCGAAUGCAGCUUGGCCUGGGUGUCCACCCAGGGCCGUAACGAGACGACGGCCAGGCGGCUCUGGAACGUGAGCUGUGAGCUGCUGGGCAUCCAGUGGGAGUGACCCAAGCGACCGGACGGACGGCGGGCGGCCGGAGGGGCGGCGGCGCCGGCCCGGCCCCUUCGGACGCGGUUAGAGGAGGCGGUGACCCUCCAGGCCUGGCUCGGGGGGGGGCGGGGGAAGCGUCCAGUCCAUCCCCCCUCCCCCCCCGCCCACCCCAUCACCCCCUCUCACCUCACUCAUGUCACCGUCAGACUCAUCAGUAAGGGAACCCGAUGCUAAAACA